AUGCCUUUGUCUCAGCUGUCGCUGUCGCUCGCGAUCCUGGCCUCCACGGCCGGCACCUACGCCAGCCUGCGCAACCCCAACCCGGAACCGUCGUCCCCGAGGCCGGGCGGCUCGUCCGGGCCGCCGAAGCACGCGGACUCGAUCCGCUGGAUGAACCUCACCCACCGGCACACCCCCAAGCUCGUCCUCCUCCCGAUCGCCUUUCUGUCCUUCCACCUCGCCGCCCUCGCCCUCUACUACCCGGACGUCCCGCCGGCCAUCCUCCGCCACGGCGCCGAGAACGGCCUCAGCGCCGCCCUGACGACCUGGUCGCCCUCGACCGCCCUGCCGCUCGCCCUCAUCUUCGGCGCCGGCAUCCCGCUCCGCCUCGGGCCCUACCGCUCGCUCGGCAAGAACUUCACCUUCCAGCUCUCGCGCCCCGACAAGCUCAAGACCACGGGCAUCUACGCCCACGUCCAGCACCCGAGCUACACGGGCGUCGUCGCCCUCAUGCUGUCCAACGUCGCCCUGCUGGCCCGCCCCGACGGCGUCCUGGCCUGCUGGCUCCCGCCCCCCGUUCACCGCGGCCUGCGCGCCGUCGAGUGGAUCCUCGGCCCCGCCGCCUGCUCCGUCUUCCUGUUGGGCGUGUGGACGAGGGUGCAGGAGGAGGAGCGCAUGCUCAAGGCUGAGUUCGGGGACAAGUGGGAGCGGUGGCACGCCUCGACGGCGCGCUUCAUACCCUACGUUUUAUGA